AAAAAAUCGCUCCCGUACCGAAUUUGCACAGAGCAGAAACUACUGCAGCGCAUUUUGCGGUGAAAUAGUACGGUAAUGUUUAUCACCGCAUGGUUCGCAGUAGCGUAAAGCAUAAAGUGUAUCUUUCCGUCGGUGUGCAAGUGUUGAGUAGAAGUGGCGCACCGUUCAGGUGAUGUCGUGGUGCUGCUUCCUCGUCUGACGUCGUACGUUUUUUGCUUCAUACGCACGGCAGCUAAUCGUACAACGAAGGAAAGAAGCAAAAGUGGAACGGAAAAGUACUUGCACGGUACAGUUUAGCCCCGUACAGGGUCUGGGUAUGUCCCCGGGGGAAGAUAUGUUCCAAGUCAUCUGUCGCGAGUGAGUGAAACCCCGAUUGUUCACACCGAUUCCGUGCGUGAAUGUGAGUUGGGAAUCUGUGAUUAGGUUUUCGUUCAUCACACCAGGUUACCAGUGCGCGAGUUCCCCGUGAAUUGAUGGUUGAAAAUCUAAGCCAAACAGAAGAUCAAAUUUAAACCAAGCAGACAACCAACAAGUGCGGUGUGUUGUAGAAGCUACAUACGGAGAAAAGACGACAAAAAUCGAUCGACCGUCUAGUGGGCCGUUGUGAAUACGUUCGUGAACCGUUUCCUCUGUUCAAGUGUGAUGGUUCCACCAGUUCCUUGAACCACCCCUUCGAGUCUAGUUAGCUUUUCCGGUGCCCUUCUCUAUAUACCCGGUGCUUCUUUUAUUUGCACACCAAGAGCAAAUCAGUGAAAACGAUGUUGCCCUUCACGCCACCGAUCGUGAAGCGGUUGCUCGGCUGGCGGAAGGUUCCGGCAGACGACGCUGCCGAAGGAAAAUGGGGCGAAAAGGCGGUCAAAAGUUUGGCCAAAAAGAUGAAGAAAACGGGCGCCCUAGAGGAACUGGAACGGGCCCUUACAAUACAGAGCUGUCACACAAAAUGUAUACCGAUACCCAGAAAUGGUUCAGCGAAUGGAGAAAAUGGAGUUGCGCUAAAAAAAGGUAUUCCUCACGUCAUAUACUGUCGACUGUGGCGCUGGCCUGAUUUAAAGAGCCAGAUCGAGUUGAAAGCACUGGACGUAUGCGAGUACGCAUAUCAUCUAAAGAAAGACGAGGUGUGCAUUAAUCCAUAUCACUACACUCGUAUCGAAUCGCACUCGCAACACUCGCAGCAUCAGCACCAGCCGCAGCAACACCAGCAACAACAGCAGGCUCAGCAACCGCUGACCAUUUUGGUUCCGAAGAACCUAUCGAACCUUCAGGGAGAAAGCUCUGUUACCUACACAUUGGAUGAUCUUAGUAAUACCGUACCAGUCAACAUACAGUACAAUGCAUUAAAUGAUAACUAUGUAACCAGUCCUCAACCAUCGCAAGUAUCAGCCCGGCAGCUACACCAGCAACUGCAGCAGCAGCAACAGCACCAGCAGCAACUUCAACAGCGACAGCAUCAUCUAUCUUCACCGUGCUACAUGGAGGCAACACUGGGCCAACAGAUACCGACCAACACAACGAUUAUGGACUCGGUUAGCGUCAGUGUGGGCAACAUACCGAACACCGAAACGCCACCGCCCGGUUACAUGUCUGAGGACGGUGAUCCGCUCGAUCAGAAUGACAAUAUGACCGAAUUGUCUCGCAUGUCACCAUCGGAUAUGGAUACGCAGCCCGUAAUGUACCACGAACCGGCGUUCUGGUGCUCGAUCAGCUACUACGAGCUAAACCUGCGCGUCGGCGAAACGUUUCAUGCCUCCCAACCUUCCAUCACGGUCGACGGGUUUACGGAUCCUUCCAAUUCGGAACGAUUUUGUCUUGGACUCCUGUCGAAUGUGAACAGAAACGAAGUUGUGGAGCAAACGCGCCGUCACAUUGGCAAGGGCGUCCGGCUGUACUAUAUCGGCGGGGAAGUGUUUGCCGAGUGUUUAAGCGAUUCCAGCAUCUUCGUUCAGAGCCCGAAUUGUAAUCAACGGUACGGAUGGCAUCCGGCAACGGUGUGCAAAAUACCACCAGGAUGCAAUUUAAAAAUCUUCAACAAUCAGGAAUUUGCCACACUGCUGUCAGAUUCCGUAUCGGCGGGAUUUGAAGCCGUCUAUCAGCUGACCCGGAUGUGUACAAUCCGUAUGUCAUUCGUGAAGGGAUGGGGCGCAGAAUAUCGUCGACAAACCGUUACCUCAACGCCGUGCUGGAUAGAGCUGCAUUUAAACGGUCCCCUGCAAUGGCUCGACCGCGUCCUCACCCAGAUGGGCUCACCACGUUUGCCAUGUAGUUCUAUGUCCUAAACCAACCACCCUCGCGUACUGUUGCCAUGUGUCCACGAAUUGGUGGAUGUGGCGCUUUAAUGCGCUGUGGUGGAAACACAUACGCCCAAGAGCGUACGGAGUGGACCGGCUAACUUUUCUACCUCCACCGGACGAUGUUUUGCUCCUGCACCUUCUCCUGCAGUACAUACGACACACGGAUAUUCUACGCCCUACGAGGUGUAACAAAUUCUCCAAGAGGUUUUUAUUUUCAAUUGCUCAUUUCGAAAGCUGUCCGCGAUAUGAAUCGUGCAUACACGUAUGUGCUUUGAUUGAUUGUGUGUUUUGUGAAUCGCCAAAAAUUCUUCGUACUUCUCUUUUUUUAAUUCAGUUUACCUUUCUUAAUUUCUCGUAGGGUGAUUUUUUUUUCCUAGAGAAAUAUUAUACUGCACGAGCACAAUGAAGAACGUUUUGCUAUGUUCAUAUAGAGAGAGUUUGUUUAAACUUUUCGUUACUAACCCCCGUCGAUACGAUGAAGGAUGAGACAGCUAAAUGUUUUAAGCAUAUAAUUUGUUCCUUAUCUUGUGAAAAUCAUCAGUCGCAACGACGAAUCGCAGCGAAGGAAGGUAUCGCUUUAACCAAAACGUUACGAUACAUUGAUCAUGAUCAAGAUGUUAAUGUUAAGUUUUUUUUUCUUACAUUGAUUUGUUUAAUUACGUACAUGCUUUUGGCCCUACUCCCUACCUGGGCGUUACAUUACUUACUAAUGCUGCAAGUCCUUUGACUUGAGUGGCGGUAGUGUUAUUAACUUUUGGGAAAGAAAAAAUGUAGCAUAUGUAGUGCCAGGAAAUCAGAAAACAACAUUACACGAAUAUUUUUUGUGCAACAGAAUGGAAGGUACUAUUAAGUGUGUGUGAUCCUGUGUCAUAGAAGAAAGGGAAAAGAGAGAAAGCAAGGGUUGGAAAAGGAACAGGUCGUGGCAUCUUUGUAUACGUGUGUUUGUGUGUAUGUGUGAAUGGAAAAGAGCCGGACGCGGAUUGUUUUGCAACAAAAACUUCCUAUCAAUUCCUUUUUCUUGAUUGUUCUCUUGCGUAAGGUUCGUUUGGGGGGAAACUUUCUUGGUUCACAAGCUGAAUCGUAAAUCGUGUGAAGAGUAUGUAACAAAGUAAAAAGCAAUGUACAACAGAAUGGCAGAUUUAUUUUUGACACUAGAAAUGUGAUGAUUCAGGUGAGACACGCAAAUUUUUGGAAAAAGUUAAAACAAUAUUAAAAAUAUUCUACAGGAUCUCUGGAAGAGAACAUAAGGACGAAAGACUAAAAUAUUGCUGCGAAUCGGCACGGACACGUGGAUAAUGCGUUACAUACAUUGUAAAUGUACAGGAACAGACAUAGUUCAACAUAAAAAACUCGGUUGUUCCCGAACUCGGUGCAACCGAAGUCACUGAAACUGGUUGGUUCGUAAAAUGAUUUCUUUCGAUAGUUUAUGGUUUGUUCUUAGAUCAGUUUAUAACUCAGCUAAGUUUAGUUGUUUACUUACGUUAACGGUUGGAAAAGGAAGGAAGAGGUACGGAAAGAAAGGGAAAUUCGAAUCAAGCAGUUCUUUGGAUGGCCAUGAUGCCGUCGUGCAUGUGACGAAGAUGCACACUCUGGGGUGAUAAGUUCUUAAAAAAGUAUGUUGUGUGAGAUAUCUAGGGUACAUGAGUACACGAGUGCAUCUAGGUAAAUGAUGGAUCAAUUAUGAAUUUACACCCGCAGCAUGAAUGGUAGAAUGUGGUUGGUCAUCGAUUGAUUGGACAUUAAACACCUUACUCUCUUUAUCUUAUGAAGCAGAUAAUCCCGGGUUUGUUUUUUAUCCUUCUUUUCAUCUCUAGAGAGACCACUAUGAAAUAUGUUACAGAGUGUUUAGAGAGAUUUGUGUGUGUGUGUGUGUGAGUGAUGAUCCCGAACGCAGGAACGCUAACAGCUGGAUUUUGAAACCAACCAAACUAUUAUUAGUAGCGAUUGUUAGGUUGCGCUUAUGGAAAACAAUAAAAUCUGAACAAACACAUGAAACA